AUGCCCGCCACUACAGAAAUCCACAGCGGACACACACAGAAGGAGUCCUCCUGUAAGACAGAGGACAGGCCGCUGGAGGAGAAGAAGAAGACAUUCGGGUUUCUGUGUGAUGAACGCGGAUAUCUGGACCUGGUCGAGCACAUCAUCGAGAACGGCCGCAGGAAGGGAGACCGAACCGGGACAGGAGUGGCUUCUGUGUUCGGUGCUCAAGUUAGAUACAGCCUGCGAGACCAGUUCCCCUUGCUGACGACCAAGAGAGUCUUCUGGAAAGGGAUCCUUGAAGAACUGCUGUGGUUCAUCAAGGGAUCAACAAAUGCCAAGGAGCUGUCAGAGAAAGGCGUGAGGAUCUGGGAUGCCAACGGGUCCCGAGCCUUCCUGGACCACCUGGGCUUCACGGACCGAGAGGAGGGGGACCUGGGACCCGUUUAUGGGUUUCAGUGGAGACACUUCGGUGCUGAGUACAAAGACAUGCAUACAGAUUACACAGGACAGGGUGUGGACCAGCUGCAGAAUGUUAUCGACACCAUCAAGAAAAACCCAGAGGACCGGAGGAUCAUCAUGUGCGCCUGGAACCCCAAAGACCUCCCCCUCAUGGCUCUGCCCCCCUGCCACGCUCUCUGUCAGUUCUACGUCUGUGACGGCGAGCUGUCAUGUCAGCUGUACCAGCGCUCGGCUGAUAUGGGUCUGGGGGUGCCUUUCAACGUCGCCAGCUAUGCUCUUCUCACCUACAUGAUCGCACACAUCACGGGACUCAAGCCUGGUGACUUUGUUCACACUUUAGGAGACGCGCACGUCUACAUCAACCACAUUGAACCUCUUAAAGUGCAGCUUCAGAGGGAGACUCGGGCUUUCCCUACGCUGAAGAUCAGGAGACAAGUGGAAACCAUCGACGCCUUCCAAGCAGAGGACUUUGAGAUCUGUGAUUACAACCCACACCCCUCCAUCAAGAUGCAGAUGGCGGUGUGAA